UUGGUGCAAUCUUUUAUUGGUCUUCGGUAUUAUUUGCCCAUAUGGUUGUCCAUUUGACAUUUGCUCGCAUUUGCCGUUUGCCGUUGAUGGCAGCUCUGAGACAUGAAAUAUUAAUCUAAGCUACAUGUAUUGUUAUAUAUGUUUGUCUUCGGUGAUGUUUGUAAACUGUUGUAAAAAUGUCAAAAAGAAUAUCUGGGAACUGGAGUAAUAAUAAAGCCGUAGCAAAUAAAGAUUAAAUGACUUACUUUUUUUCUUUCUUAGCUUAAUUAUUAUCACAAAAAAUGGUUCGCACCGAUUGGGACCGAAUAUUAUCUGUAAAUGUUUCGUCUUUAACAGACGAAGAAAUCGAAGAUCUCUUUCCAGAAGUGGUUCGAUGUGAUGUAAACGAGAUUACUGACGUAUAUAAUCUGCGAACACUCAUGAGAUUAUCGCAAGAAAUGUUGACUUAUAAAGAUAAUCAAGUCGAGGCCUUACUUCUCGAAUGCGGUGAAUUGAAAGAAACAAUAGCUUCUUUACGCCCAGAGGUUGUCAAACAAAAGACUAAAGAUCAUGAUAUAUCUGCAAUGAAACAAGAAAGUGAUGCUUUUACUAAAGAUGCAAGAGAAUAUGCUACUCUGGAUACACAAGCCAGAUAUACAGAUACAAAUGAAAAAGUUAAAACACUUAUGGUUGAAUUGGAGGGUUUGGAUAAAGAGAAUGAGAUUCUUAAAAGACGAUUAACAACAUUGAAAGAUGAAAUGGAGGAUGCAACAGAGAAAAUGAAUGAGAUGACACAAGAACUUCAUUCAACUCAAAGAAAAAUUACAGAAUAUAAAGAUAAGAUUCAGAAUUUAGAGCAAGAAAAUGAAGCUUUGGUUAUUCAAAUAAAAGAGAUAACUGCGCAGCAAAUAGAAAGGGACAAAAUAUUAGAUGAAUUUGGAGUAGCUAUUGACACUAGAAUAUCUGAAUGGAAGGGUAUAUUGGAUGAAAAAAAUAUGGAAAUUGCACGUUUAAAAAAAAGUGUAUCACAGUCUUUAAUGCAAUCUGUUACAUCAGCCAAAGAAGAAAGUAAAUCACAGAUCAUUCAAUUAAAUGAUGAAAUAGCUCGUCGGGAUGCAAUUAUAGUCGAAUUGCAAACUAAACUCUCUGAUGCAAUUCUUGAAAUAAAUGAGAGUGCUGCACUCAUAGAAAAAUUAAAAGCGCAAGCAGCCCAGGAGUCUGUAAAAAGUAGCAAACGGAAAGAGCAAAAAAGUUUAUUGAAAAAAAUACAAAUUGCAAAUGAAAAGAUCUCUAAUUUGGAAAAAGCAUUAUCCCAAGCACAGGAUGAUGCCAAAUCACAGAGUAGUAAAUUAUGUGAAGUAUUAUCUACCUUAAAAAGUUAUGAAGACGGAAAUCAAACUUUAGCUAAAGCAUUGAAUGAAAUUAAAGAAUUAAAAAUGAAAAUAAAUCACAAGAAUGAACAUAUCGAAGAUUUAGUCAAUGUUGUUAAUAAAUUAGAGAUGUUAAAUUCGUAUCAAGAAAUGGAGAUCUUAACUCUAAGAGAAAAGUUAGGGAUUCCAGAGGAUGAAUCAAUAUCAAUUAAGAAUGUUAUAGCAAAACGUAAAGAGGAAUCGCAAAAAAUGGAACAACUUAUUCAACAAAAUAAAAAUCUCAUAGAAGAAAAUUUAGAAUUAAAAUCAGAUAUAAGGAUGCUGAAGUAUAAAUUAAGCAAAUCUGAAAGGAUACUAGAUAUUUCAGAUAACUUAGAUGAUUUUAGUGAUCAGUUUUUACAUUCAACUAAAUUAAUGGAAUCGGAAAAUAUGCAAGUAUCUUCUAAAACUGAUAUCUUCGAAGUUAAUCAAAAUAUUCAGAUAAUUAUAGAAGAAAAUGAGGCACUUAGAAAAGGCAUGCAUGAGAUUAUGGACAGUAUACGCAAUCAAGAUGGUAAAAGCGAGGUGGAAAUACAAUCCAGUACAUUAGAAAGAUUAUUAGAAGCUUUGGAUGUUAGACAUUUAGCUGGUUGGUAUCAUCCAGCUAUGAGAUUACAGGAACAUCUUAAUGUUGUUCAGGGCAGUAAUACUGAAUUAAGAUCACAACUUAGGUUACUGAGAAAAGAAUUGCAAAAGAAGGAUAUUAUAUUACAAGAUUUAGCAGCGAUUAAAAAUAUAGAUUUGGAAAAAUUGUCAGAGAGACAUAGCGAAGAUGAAGCGAUAAUGACAUGCCUUACAGAAAUGAAAGCUUUGCAAAUAGCAUAUAAAAAUGAGGCAGAAGAAUGGGAAAAGCAGAAAGACUUGUUGAUUCAAGAGAGUAAUGAACUGAAAGAUGAAAUAGAUGGUUUAAAAAAUCAAUUAGAAGUUUAUAAGAAAAAUUGGCAAAUUAUAGAAAACGGAGACGAUGAAAUUCGUAAAGAAUUUGCAAUAAAGACGAGAGAAUAUGCAGAUGCCUCUAAUGAAAUAAUAAUUAUGAACAGGAAAAAUACGAGUCUUCAACAGUUGCUUAAUAAGGAAACUGGCAGAUUAUAUGAAUAUCAAAAAGAUAUGAUUAAAAAGGAGAAUGAUCUUAACAGAGCUCUUACUAAUGCAGACAAAUACAAUAAAACUUUGCUGUCAGAAGUUUCGCUCUUGCAAAGUAAUUUACGCAAUUCUGUGAGCAUAACUGUGCAUAACGAACUGAAAGAGAAAUAUGAGGAAUUGAAUAUACGUCAUCAUGCUUUGUUAGAAAAUGCAAUAAUAUUUCGUGAUUCUAACGAAAUAUCAUCUCUGAAAGCUGAAAUAGAAAUGAUAAGGCAAGAGAAAUAUCAACUCGUGGAAAAUUUGCGAAAAACGGAUAAUUGCAAUAAUGAUGACAAUUUGCAACAAAAAUUAAAAGAAAUUGAAGCCAAGGAACUGAUUGAAAGACAACGAGCUGAUCAGAUGACUAGAUUAUAUGAAAUAUCACAAAUGCAAUUAGCAAAAUGCGAAGAUAAUGUUAAACAACUCUCCAUUGUCAAUUCUGAAAAUCAAGAGAAAUUGAUUGAGAUACAAAAAAAAUUAUUUAAAGAAAUAGUAUUACAAGAAGCUACACAAAUGAAUGAUAAUCACAUACAGGAACUGCAAAAUGAAAAAAUGCAACUUGUUAUAGAGAAUGAAAGUUUGAAAAAAAUGCUAGAAAUUUCUGAAGACGAAGCUCGUUUGCAAUAUUCAUUGAAUUCAUUACAAACAUUAGAGUUGGAUAGUCUUAGGCAUCAAAUAUUAGAUUUGCAGGCCAUAAGUGAAGACAAGGCCACUAUUUCGAGACUUGAUUUCGAACUUACAAGUAAGAAAAUAUCAGAAAUGGAACUAACUUCACAGAAAACGCGACUGCAAAACGAACUAUCUUACAUGCAACAAGAACUUGAUAGUUCAAGAAAAAAAUAUGAAGAGAUGCGCAGUUAUGUAGAAGAUUAUCAGAAACAAUGUGACAGUCGUUGCAAGUAUUACACAGAUAUUAUAUAUUUUCUACAGUGCCAGUAUGCAGGCUCAACCCCCAUAAGUACUUUAGAAAAAGUAAUUACACUUGCUACAAAAUUGGAAAUAGAUCGCCAAAAUAUUGAUACAGAAAUGCAAAAAACAAAAAAAUGUCAUGAAGAUAUAAUUAACGAACAACAACUCUUAUCUGCUCGUCUUGAAAUUAUCGAACGUUUGAAAGAUAUAUUAGAGCAACAAAUCGGCGCUGGCAGCGUCCAAAUUAUAAUGGAACGUUUUGCUGAAUCUUCACAGCAGACUCUAAGUGAUUUCAAAUAUAAACGGAGAAUAGCUCAUUUGGAGCACGAACUUCAAAUCGCUAAUAGUAAAUUCAAUGAAUACGAAUCUAUAAUAACAAGCAUGGAACAGGACAUGUUAAAUAUUCAAAAAGCUUGGCAUCCACGACAUGAUAAGCUUCAAAUUAAUACACUAAAUGUUGAGGCAAAGUCUAUUCAAGCAGGAACGGAAACUCAAGUGGUUAGUGUACAAACAGAUACUUACACUUGCUGCUUGAAUCAAAAAGUACAAGAUACUGGAGACAUUGUAAUGUUUAAAGAUAUUAAUAAAGAAGAAUCUGUUGAAUCGAGUGAAACUAUAAAAAGUACAUUCCGAGAAGCGGGAAAUAAUACAGAAGAGAGCAGCAGUUCGGUGAUUCUUAACGACCAGUUGGAUCAAGCGCUGAAACUCGCAUCGGAACGUUCCGUGAUGCUCGUCAAAUGUGAAUCACAAUUAGAAGAGUAUAAAGCAAAAGUGGACGCUUUAAAUAAAGCGAUAAUGGAAAAAGAUACGCAAUAUCAAGCAACAGUGGACACUUUGAAUAAAGCGAUUGAGGAAAAAGAUUUACAAUAUCGAACAAAAAUGGACGCUCUGAACAAAACGAUCGAGGAAAAGGAUUCACAUCUUGCGCAAAAACAAAAUGCACUCGAUGAAUUAAUAAGCCAGUCGCGUAUCACCGAUACCGAUUGUACUGAUAAAUUAGCACUGAAAUCAACGAUAAAUAGUUUACAAAAAUUAAUUAAUCAAAAGGAGGAAACUAUUUUGAGAUACCAAAAUUUAUUGAAAGAGGACAGGGACGAACAUAGUCGGGCAGCGAGUCGUUUUCAGGAUGAGAUUAAGAGUUUGCAUGAUCGCAUUUUGGCUAUGCAAAGUGAAAUUAGAAAUGAAGAACCGGUUAUAAGUGUGAAAAAUAUUUUUGAAAAAACAACGAUAUCCAAUGAAACCGCAGCGACAGUACCGAGAAAUAGUGCCGCCCAAGAAGAAGAAAUUGCAAGACUAAGUGAGAAGGUGUCUACCCUCGAAGCAGAAUUAAAUAUCAGCAAAGAACUGAGCGAACGUUGGCAUCGAUUAGCAGAAGAAAGAUUGAAACAUAUGGAUCGUAUGAGAGAAAGACUGGAGCAACAACAUAAAAAUGAAUUGGAAAGUUAUCGUAGUGAAUCAAAUAAGUGGCAGUCUGAAGCCGACACACUUAGGCAGCAAUUGUCUGAAAAUCGUAUGUUACUCACAAAAGGAAAUAUUUCCCUGAUGAAGGAGCUACAAGAAAAAGAUGACAAAAUAUAUGAAUUGACUCUUGCAUGUCAACAAUUACAGAAUGAAGUUGAAUUAAUAGAGUCUGUAAAUCGAUCUCAGCAAAUGACAGUACGGGAUAUAAAAGUAAAUGAAACACCACAUCAAAGUCAUCGUGAUCAAAUGCAACAACAAAAUCAAAUAGAUGUUUUACGUCGGCAACUUCAGUCUCUAAUGGAAAAAGAAAAAACGUACAAGUCUGAAAUAGCUGAUUUAAAGCAGCAACUCAGUCGCAAAUAUAUGGCAACAAAAACUCAGGAGAAAAAAAUAUCGCAACGUGAAGCGCAACUCGAGCGUAAAGUGACAUCUCUAGAAGAAGAGUUACAUAAAGCAAAGACACAGUUAGAUCGAGAAUAUCUGGCACAGGAAAUUAAAAAAGCUAAGACUGCAGAGGAUCUUUCAUUAUGGGAAAAACAAAAAAAAUGGCAACAAACAGCAGAAAAGUUAAAAGAAAAACUUAAAGAGAAAACUAAUGAAUAUGAAAAAUUGCUUACAAAUUAUGAGAAACUUCGAUCUGUCGUUUCGUGUAUGGAAAGAGAAAAAUGGCAUUUGAGAAGCAAGCUGAAACUUGAGAGUGAUACUGUAUCCGGCAAUUCAUCGGCAAGACCCGUUUCAACUAUCCAGCUUAACACAAUAGAAAAAGAAUUGGAAAAAGAAUGUCGAAUAUUAAGAGAACGUGUUAAGGAAUUAACUGAUCGUUUAGAGAAAGAAAGUAAUGAACAUUUGAUAUUAGAGAUAGCAGAAUUAAAACGGCAUAAUGCUGCUCUGGAAGCAGUUACUCAGGGUAAUACAUGUGUAAUUAGUCAAUUGGAGAAAUUAGAAAUGACUAAAGAUAUUCUUGAAAAGAUGAAUCUUAAGUUAGAAAGUGAAAAUUUUGAAUUACGACUAGAAUUAGAAAAGGCGAAUUCGGAAACUCCGAGACUGCGAGAAAAAGUCGAACAUUUGGAAAAAUACAUCACUUUGUUAAAAGCAGAAAAAUCUUCUGAUUCUACUCCUAGAUCAUCAGAUAAAGAAUUGCCAGAAUCAAAUAACAAAACAUCUACCUUUGAAAUGGAGAAAACAAUCUUUACAUUAAAACGGAUCAUUGAGAAACUUCAAGCAGAGAAUAAAAGACUGAAAUUUAAUUCUAAAAAAAAUCACUUUUUAAUCAACCAAAGAAAGAUAAAUACUAUUGAUGGAAAUAUUUUACUUCAAAGACAAUAUGAGGAAUCUCAGAAACGUGUGAUAAGUUUAGAGUCAGACUUACGGCUAGCUGAACAGAGAAUAGUUAUGUUAGAAAAAGCUCAAAAGGAAGAUGAUAAUGGAGAUUUUCGUAUCUUGAAGCAACAAUUAAUACAUAAAUCUGAACUUUUAGAAAAAGUAAAACAAUUAUUGACACGAGCAGCUAUGAAUGAAAAGACAUUGCGGCAACGUGUGCAACAAUUAGAAUUGAAACAAGCCCUAUCAACAAUUCCAGAAUGUUAUGUGACUCCACCUACGCCAGAAUAAUGAAUGCUUAGGAUUUAUGGAUGGUAAAAAAAGCUCUUUUAUUGAGACAAAUAUAUGCAUUUAUUUUAUAUAUACUUUUCAAUUAAGAAUUUAUGGACUAUAAAGCCUUGUUUCUGUAUCCAUUCAGUAUUCCUAUCAUGUAAUAAUUUUAUAAUAUAAUUUCAUCAAUUGUAUCAUUUUUUGUACGUGCAGGUGCACAAUGUUCAUCACAAUUAUUGAUAUAAUAGAGUGUCCUAAGAAAA